AUGCCGAGAAGUGCUGUUGAAGUGCAAUAUGUCACUGAUUUCGGACCCGACUGCUUCAGCACCGAUGGAGAAGUCUUGACAUGUGAAGUGUGCGGGAAACCCGUUAACGCGACAAAGAAGUACUACGUGCAGCAGCACAUCAACGGCUCGGGACACGCGCGUCGUCUCGAAGCCAGGCAGAGUCUCAUCGAAGAACGAAGUUUGUCAUUGAGUCUAUCACAAAGAGAGAGCGGCUUUAGCUUCGAUCUGUGCCGAAUGAUGGUCGAAUCCAACAUUCCCCUCUUCAAAGUCCAGCACUCGUCAUUCGCAAACUUCAUGCAAAAGUACUGCAAGAAUGAGGUUCCCAAUCACACGACCUUGCGGAAGACGUAUCUCGUUAAGCUUUAUCAAGAAACCAUCGAGAAGAUCAGGUCUUCCAUCGGACAAGACAGGAUCUGGAUCUCAAUUGAUGAGACCACUGAUGUGAAGGGUCAAUUCGUCGUGAACACCGUCAUCGGUUGUCUCAAUGCACAGAGGCCGUCGUUUCCGUUCCUGAUCAAUUCCGAGAUCGUGGACAGAACUAACCAUACGACCGUUGCGCAAGCAUUCAUGAAUGCUCUUGUUAUCUUAUGGCCUGACGGCGUGCACCACGACCGGGUGUUGCUCUGCGUCAGCGACGCUGCUUCCUAUAUGAAAAAAGCCGGGGAGGCUCUCAGGGUUCUAUUUCCGAAGCUAAUUCAUGUUACGUGCCUCGCUCAUGGUAUUCACCGACUGUGUGAGGAGAUCCGCGGCCUGUUUCCGAGAGUGGACAGCCUCAUCGCGAACGUCAAGAAAGUGUUUCUGAAAGCUCCAGCCAGAAUUCACACCUUCCGAUCCAUUGCUCCAAACGUAGCCCUACCUCCAGAGCCAGUGAUUACUCGCUGGGGGACCUGGCUCACGGCGGCCCUAUAUUAUGCAACGCACUUCGAAGUCGUUCGUGAGGUCGUCAACCAGCUCGACAGCUCGGGAGCGGUAGCGAUUGCUGAAUCCCAAAACAUCAUGCGCGACUCCAGACUCCCGUCGGAUUUGGCGUUUAUUGCAACUAACUUCGCGAAUUUCCCGGUAUUCAUCAAAAUGCUCGAGGACACGUCGCAGCCACUCCACGAUACGGUGUCCUUGCUUAGAGACAUAGAGCGUUGCGUUGGAGCCAUCGCUGGGUCAAGAGCGUCUCCGAUAAAAGAGAAGUUCCAACGAAUCCUACAUUCAAAUCCGGGUUUGAGCAUCAUGUGCGAGAUCGAGAGUUCGCACCAGGGCGGCCAUAUCAGCUUGACGGAUUUCUCGAUAGAGGAGCUAGCAAGUUUCAGAUACGCUCCGAUAGUGAGUGUAGAUGUCGAAAGGUCAUUCUCGACUUAUAAAAACCUCCUAUCAGAUCGGAGACACUCUCUGACAGUUGAAAACGCGAAAUUCCAUUUGAUCACGAUGUGUAACAAUUUCGGACGGGACUCUUAA